AUGAAAGCUCCUCCCCCAGAAUUACAGUUUGGUAGAACAAUUUACAUAGAUUGUUCGACCUGGAUAAGCAAAAGGGUGAUGCAGAGAAGAAUUGCAGAGCAGCUAAAACUUGACCAUGACACCAUGGCCUUGUUUGACAAGCAGGAUGAGGAGGAUGACAUCGAUGGGGUGGACCAAGGCUCCAGGCAUGUGAUAUGGCAGGUUGCUGCAAUAAUUGACCAAACCCUGAGAGAAAGUAGAUUUCUGAUGAUUUUUCUUAAUGGAAGUGACGAGGAGGUUUUCUUAAGCCAGUUUGGUAUUCCAGAAUAUCACUGCAUAAUAAUAUGGGCUUUUAGAAGAUAUCUUUUUACCAUUCAUGACCCCAGCAAGAUACUAGAUAAGUCAAGAUAUGUACGUCUUUUCAUUACCUGCAACUACUGGGCCAUCAAUUUGACAAGUUCACAGAUUUAUGCAGUGUUUCGUGAAGAGACUGAUAGCAUAGUUGCAUGCUACCCAUGUAUGUGGGACAUCGACCCAACAGUGGUUACGGUUUGUUGUCUGUACAGAUUACUAAUGCAGUACAUUUUUCAGAGGAAGACUAUAUUUGCUUGGACUUCAGCUCAUGCUCCCAACUAUUGGAUGUGUGAUGGCAUCAUCCAAGGGAGUAGAGCAAGGGAGAUAAGUAAUGCAUUGCAUAAAGAAAUAAGUUCUGAGUGUGAAACUUAUGUGCUCAAGGUGGUGUGUGACAAAUUCAAGGAAGAUCCGAAGAAUCCUUUAGUGGUGGUUACAGAUGACAAUGUGCCUUUCGGAAAGGGGUCUCCCCAUUGGGUUUCUAUCACCUUGAAGUACAAGAAACUACAUGAGGAUACAAAAACUCUAAUGACAAGGGCAUCAUCAAUCUUCAUACAAUUUCAAGAAACUAAUAGCUCGUCUGGAUUACCAAAUGGCUUGUUUCAAGGUUGCAACAACCUUGCAGUGCUUACUCUGUCUUAUUGUUCCUUCAGUUUUGCAUCACCUCCUUUCCUCCACUGUGAAAAAUUAAGAUUCCUUGGAUUAGACCACUGCAAAGAUCUCAAUAAGACUAAGCUUGAAGAACAGAACUGCAUCACCAAUUGGACAUGUCUGCAUAGCCUGUGUGUGCUUGACCUACGCUACACAUGUUGGGAAGAGAUUUUAUCGGAGGAAAAGGUGGAUCUUAUGGCCAACAUAUUGGAGCUAAACAUAGAGGGAGUCAGGGGUUGGCAGUACACGAACAAAUUACAGAAAAGGCUGCCUUACCUUCAAAGGCUCCGAAUCAUCAAACCUCCAUGUCAAGCCAACAGGACAUCAAUGGACAUCAACGAGUCAUUUAGAGACAAGACAAAGCUAGAAAUACUUGAUUUUUCUGGUAACAGUGACAUGGAAAACCUACCAACAAGCCUGUCAAUGGCAAGAAAACUUGAGGUGCUUGUUCUUGAUGGUUGUUGUGGGCUAGAAAAUGUUGUGCUGGCUAACUCCUCUCUGAGGUCAUUCAGUUUUGAUGCUUAUGGAGCAGCAUCCCAAUGGACAUCAGCCACUGAGCUACUAGCUCCAGAAAGUUCUCGCCCAAAGUGUUCAUCUGCUAAUGUAGAUAAGAAGGAUGUCAAAACCUCCAAGAUAUCCCUAGAAGGGUGCGCACAGUUGGAAAAAUUGUUUUUGCGUGGGCUACCCAAUCUAGUGGAGCUAGACCUUUCAGGAUGUGUAAUCAAGGUAUUUGACUUCAAAACUAUGGUGGUGGAUGUCCCAAAUCUCAAAAGACUCUUUCUAUUGGGUUGUGAGCACCUUUGUUCAAUAAGGUGGGGCUCAGUAUAG